GGAUGUGAGUGGCUGGAGUUGCCGUCCGAUUGCUUUGGAAAAGUGGUGCUUUGAAGACAAUCCAUUUAACCCCAAGAUGCAAUGUUAUCGACUGAAAGGUGUCAGAUAUUUUUGGACAAGAAUCCGUUCAAUCUCGCUUCUGCUUCGAGUCGUUUGGGUGCACGUUGAAACUUCGAAGCCUGCUUUGUUAGCCUAGCCUAGUUUAGCAGCUAACAAAGAGAAACAACGCGCCUGGGAUAAACACGUCGCCGAGCAAACCAGCGUCAAGUCCCAAAAUGUCAGAUGUCAGUCACGUGCAUCCUCCUGAACGCCUGGAGUCUGCUCGCCUGGAGGAAGAAUCGCCAUACAUCAAGAAGGAGGAGGAAGAAUUUGUCCACAUUAAAGAGGAGCAGGAGGAGUACUUCAUUAGACUGCAGAACCCCCACAUUGAGGAGCAGCAGCAACCUGAUCCCCUCAAAAAGGAGGAGGAGGACCCUCCAUAUGUUAAAGUUGAGGUGGUGGACAUCCCCAAGUGGACUGAUGAACCCUUGAAGGGUGAAGAUGGAGGUCCGAGUGAAGCCAGCAGAAGGGCAGAGCUUCUGAGUGGCGACAGUUCAAAAGGAUUCCAAGCAGACAACCUCAUCGCUCAACCAUCAGAGAGUGACGACUUCACAUCACACUCCCUGUUCUGUUUCAGAAAAUAUCUUGGUGCUGAGCCAGAAUCUCCUGGUGCAAAAGAGGAUGUUGAGCUCCCCCAAAUCAAAGAGGAGCAAAAGCCCUGUCAACAAAAGCAACUUCCAAUCAAAAAGGACGAGGAGGAGCUGCCAUGUGGUAAACAGGAGGAAGAGGAGGAUCAUAUCACCAGGUUGACUGGUGAUCCCUUGAAGAGUGAAGAUGAAGGUGUGAGUGAGGCCGCAGCCUCCAAGCGGCAGCAGUCACACUCACCCUACAUUGAUGAUGGUCAUAAGACAUCUCACGGUGACAACAAUCUCUGCAAAUGCUCUCAGUGUGGGAAAACCUUUGCUAAAAAGUAUAAUUGUCAGAUGCAUAUGAGGAGCCACACUGGUGAAAAGCCUUUUUCCUGCUCGGUUUGUGGAAAAGAUUUUGUUUCAGUGGGAAACCUAAAAAAUCAUACAAGAAUCCACACUGGCGAAAAACCUUUUGCCUGCUCAAUUUGUGAGAAAAGAUUCAGGUACAACAGUAACUUGAUAUCCCACGCAAGAACCCACACUGGCGAAAAACCUUUUCCAUGCUCAGUUUGUUGUCAAAGAUUCGCUCUAAAGCAAUCCUUGAAAGAACACACAAGAACCCACACUGGUGAAAAACCUUUUUCCUGCUCAGUUUGUGGUCAAGGAUUCUCUCAAAAGCAACGCCUACAAAGUCAUGAAAGAACCCACACUGGCGAAAAACCUUUUCUCUGCUCAGUUUGUGGAAAAGGUUUUGUUCAGGCGGGAACCUUAAAACGACACACAAGAACCCACACUGGCGAAUAACCUUUUUCCUGCUCAGUUUGUGGUCAAGCAUUCUCUUGAAAGCAAUGCCUACAAAGUCACAAAAGAACCCACACUGGCAAAAAAAACUUUUUCCUGCUCAGUUUGUGGUCAAGGAUUCUCUCAUAAACGAAACUUAAAAAGACACACAAGAAACCACACUGGCAAAAACCUUUUUCCUGCUCAGUUUGUGAUCUAAGAUUCGCUCGGAAGGAUCCGAUGAAGAGACACGUGUGUGUUGGUGUGAGAAGCAGUGGCCAAUGACUCUUUUGCCUGUCGUGCAUGCUUGCUUAUUCGUGGUACACUUUAUUUUUGUGAUUGCAUUUCUGUUUGGACUUUGCCAUUUUCUGUUUUACCUUUUCUGGCCAUCAACGUCUUUCCCUUGGCUCUCUUGCCGAUUGGCAUCAUUUAUGUCAUAAUCUCCUGUUCAAACUACACUUUUCACAUUUGAAACUGCAGACCCCAAAUUUGCAAAAAUUAGAAAAAAAACAAACAAACAAAAACUGGCUCACAAAUGAGUUUUUUGUGUGGGGGCUAAUGUAUAUAUAUAUAUAUAUAUAUAUAUAUAUUUCUAUUACUACUCGUGAUUGACCGAGUAUGAGGGCCAAAUAAAGAAAAAUGAAGAAAAAGAUAAAAGGACUGACAGUAAAGUCGGAUUCUUAUGACAAGAAUUGUAUUUUUUUUUUCAUUUUCCUCAGUAAUGCGGACUCUGCACCGGUCAGUAGUGGUGAAGAAGGAGCUGAGGCGAAAGGCAAAGCUCUCGAUUUACCAGUCGAUCUACGUUCCUACCCUCACCUAUGGUCACGAGCUUUGGGUCGUGACUGAAAGAACAAGAUCCCGGAUACAAGCGGCUGAAAUGAGUUUCCUCCGCAGGGUGUCCGGGCUCUCCCUUAGAGAUAGGGUGAUAAGCUCGGUCAUCCGGGAGGGACUUGGCGUCGAGCCGCUACUCCUCCGCGUAGAGAGGAGCCAGCUGAGGUGGCUCGGGCAUCUGGUUCGGAUGCCUCCCGGACGCCUCCCUGGAGAGGUGUUCCGGGCAUGUCCCACCGGCGGGAGGCCUCGGGGACGACCCAGGACACGCUGGAGAGGCUAUGUCUCUCGGCUGGCCUGGGAACGCCUUGGGAUCCCGCUGGAGGAGCUGGUUGAAGUGGCUGGGGAGAGGGAAGUCUGAGCUUCCCUGUUAAAGCUGCUGCCCCCGCGACCCGAACCCGGAACAAGCGGAAGAUAAUGGAUGGAUGGAAAUGAUAAUGAUUAUGAUGACAGUUCUAUAAUAGUACCGAGUGGGGAAAAGUUAGUUGAGGAUCUAGACUGUGGAAAUGCUAAUAUUCCAUCAUCUAUCCAUAAACGAAUGCCUUUUGGAUUCAUAUCAUGUCACUUGGUGUAAUUACACACAUCGCAACACUAAGAAAAUGAGAGAAAUUUGGGUCAAUUUCAAGCUAAAAAGACCUGCCCCCGAGAUCCCGGAAAUCUGGCACAUUGUGGGCGUGACAUCAAAACAAGGAAACAACCGGCUCGGUGCUUAAGUACUGAAUGGCGGCGAUGAUGGCGGACAAUUUUGUUUCUAAUUGCAGCGACGAAUCCGACGUAACGAACAUUCUUCUAAUGGUGACGAGGAGAGUUAUGAACCUUUCUUUGGUGUUCUGGGUUAUCAAUUUGAGCCCAAACGAAAGCCUAAUGAAAGGAUCAUUGAGGGGAGCAAUCACACUGAUGAAACCCCGACAACAGUUCGUGUGGGAAACACCAAAUGGUAUGUUUUGCAUUUCUUUUUGUGAAGCUGAUACACCGUGACCGCAAAAUAAAGUAAUGUAUAGAGUAAUUAUCAUUUAAUAUGCUAUCCUCGGUUUCGCUCUGCCAACCGACACAAAUAUGAAUGGGAUUAGAGCAGGGGUCCCCGGUGUGAUUUUGGGUCUUUUUUUCACGGACCCGUGUCCCUCUUUUAUAUUCAGUUGGACUCUCAAUGUUAUCCAAUGGUGCUAAAAAACUUAUUUACAUCACAAACAUACAUGUGCAACACGGAAAUGCCGUAAAUUAACGCUUAACGACACGGCGAAGUCGUUAAGUGAGAGGGCUACGUGCAGUUGUUGUGUGCGCCAAACAUGGCAAACGUAAGUUAAUAUUCCUUUCUUUAAAGAAAGUUUAUAGUGUGUACUUAGGAAUCGCUGCAUUCGCGGUCCUUUUUAACGUUACGCGCAUGCCAACUUUGUCAGAACACCGGCAAUGUGCGGCAGAAAAAUACAGCAAAUAUAAAAUAGCAUUUGUUUUUAGCCCCGUCGUGUUAAGUGCAGGGAAAAAAUACAACUCACCCGCUGAAUCAGUGGGAGGGCUGAGUUUGUUUCGUUGAGACGAGAUGGGAGAGUGAGAGAAGCUAGCAUCAAGCUAGCGAUGUUGGAAAUUGUAGCAAAGUUUUCAGCGCGCUCCAAGCGAUGUCGGGAUAUUCCGAAAUGACUUUAAUCCAGAACUUUGGUAGAGUUGUUGUCUCAAAUGUACGUUUUAAAUCGCCGUGAUUUGCGAUCUCUACAAGCUGAUAUUCCUGUUCCACAGACAUGCUCGAAUCACUCGAUUUAUUCACAUACGGGUCACGAAUUCACUCCUUCGCAGUUUGUGGGUCUUUAGUGAUUGGGAAGUAGCAUAAAUUUUGUUUUCUUUGAGGUUGUAGGCACAUCUUCUGGCUCGUCAGGUUCCCGUUUCCCUGUAAAAUUGCAAAAUUAGCCCUCUUAGCACUGACGAACUUUACUCAUUGUCUGCGUAGUCCAGCUCUUUUUCUCGCGUUCGGCAACUCAUGGGUACUACAUUGCGACAAAUGGCUAUUUCUAAACCACAUAGCAUGACAGGUUUGAACCAUUUUAGCGAUUUUUUUGAUAAAACACGAACGCAACUCUCUCGUCGAUAAACAACGAUGGCACCUGCCUCGACCUUUUGUUUCCUUGUUAUGACGUCUCCGCCCCAUUCGGCUGUUUCCGGAACACUUUCGGAAAUGUUCGUCAUUUUCGAUCUAUUUUCGAUAAUUGCUCAUUAAUGUGAUUGAUUUUUUUGUUAACUUUAUCAAUAUUUGUUAUCUUGGCACAUAACGGUUCUAUUGAUGUCUCACACCCCCUUUGUGUUUUCAUACCCUUUAAAGGAAUAUGGGACAUAUUGAAUGGCAUUCAUAAAAAUGGUGCUAAGCAACAGAGCUAUCCUCAAUACUUGGUGAAAAAUGAUGUGCAGAAGGAUAAUAUGGAUGACCUCGUCAGCAGCUUCAAUGAUUUCUUUGUAAAUGUUGGACCAAAUCUGGCAAAAAAAAACAAAAAAACCUUACAGAUGCAUGUUUAUCCAAGGAGUGGAAUGAAAACCUCAUUGAACGGAAUCCCAGUUCGAUGUUCCUUCCAGCAGUGGUGGAAAAAGCAGUAAUUGAUACUGUAAAUACAUGAAAUGUAAAACAUCCACUGAUUCAAAUGACAUUGACAUGGCAGUUGUGAAAAAGGUCAUUGAAGGGAUUUUAAAACCACUAGCAUAUAUCUGUAACUUAUCAUUUUCAACGGGUAAAUUUCCAAACAAAAUGAAAAUAGCUAAAGUAGUGCCAUUAUACAAGACUGGAGAUAAGACACCACUUCACUAUUUACAGGCUUGUUUCUCUACUUCCACAAUUUUCCAAAAUUGUUUAAAAAAUUAUUCAACAACAGAUUAAAUAAAUUCAUACGUAAAUAUAACUUACUUUUCGACAGUCAGGAUGGAUUUAGGGCACACAAUUCAACAUCACCAGCUGUCAUUGAAUCUUUUGCGAUCAGUAAUGCUAUUGAUCACAAAUUUCACUCAGUUGGAAUAUUCUUAGAUCUUAAAGCUAGUGAUGGCCAAAUGAAGCCUCAUGAAGCAAUGAAGCUUUGCAGCCAAUUGGUUUGCACAUGUAGCAAAGCUUCAUGGUGCUUCACUUACCCUAUGGCGCCAUCAAGUGGUCUAGAAGCCCAAGAGGUCAACAUUGUUAAGAAUUCAAUGGCUAUUUGCUUAAGACAAAGAUAUGAAUGUGCUUGUGUUAGUAAUUUAGUAUGUGAACAAAAUACAACAAGUGCUAAGGGUAAUUUGUUAUUCAUUUUUAUUUAGAAAUAAUAGCUUUCCCACAGUGGCUGGCUUUAAACAGUUUCUUUUUUUUUGGAAAAUAUUUCACCAGCUUUAGAAAAUAUUCUUUCACAAGGCACAGAUGAAGCUGGGGUGCAGAGAAAUGUGAGUGGCAGUUUAUAUAAAUUUGGGUAGGUAUUCUUUUGUGCCUCCCAGUACACUAAUGGAUUGUUCAUUCUGUUGAUGUUUGGUUCAGAUAGGUACACACACACACUCACAUUUAUAUUAAAGUAGUUUUUCUCCCUUACCUUAUUGAAAGCAAUCAAAUCAAAAUGUUCCCAUACAGGGGAGGAUCGCUCUUUUCGCGCCGGUUCCAUCGCAAGCAAAGGACAAGGCUCGAAAAAAGAUUGCACUGGUUGCACUGUUGCGCACAGAUGUAACAAGUACAGGAGCCCGAAAUCCACAAAAUGUGAGAAAACAGGCGAUCGCCAUUGCGUUUUGCAACCAAUUUAUACCGUAGUCUGUCCUGUUUGUGCAAUGUGCGCCAAACGUUGGAUCACUUCCGAAGCACUCACGAGAUUCAGCCCGGCCGCCGGCGAGGCUUCCCACGUCAUCAUUUCCGGGUUUUGCCGAAAUGAAGCGCGCCUCGCUACAAGCUUUGUGGAAACCCCCCUCCCAUUACUCGACACAAGCUUCGGAACCUCGGCUCAUUUCGUCCCAUCACUACUUAAAGCAUUUGACACUAUUGAUCAUGACACUUUGAUCAAUAAACUUGAAGAGUAUGGGAUCAGGGGGGUGGCACUACACUGGUUGAAGAGGGUAACUAUAGACCCCACUCACCAACGUCACACAAUGACGUGUCGCUGUAUCCAGCCGCCAUAUUGUCCGUCAUUGUUUAUCCGUAUCCUCAAUGGUUUCAAUUUGUCAUGCAAUGUAUAGUGCAAUUCAUGGAGGCCCCGGUGCUUUCAGACGCUGUAAACUCAUUGGAUGCGUUGCAUAAAAGGCGUUAUGUGGAAAAGCUUAAGUCUAUCCAUUCGCUAGAUCCAUAUUUGAUGCCUAAAUCGAUUUUUUUCGACCCGCUGUCUUCGCAGUCUCUGCCUGACAUCUGCUACCCUGAUAUCUACAACUAUCUUGUCCACAGAAACUCAGCCUAUUCUCAAGAAACUUUGAAAAACUUUAAGAGCAGCACUCUAAGCCAGGGGUCUCCAACCCAGUCCUACAAGGCCCUCUGUGGGUCCUGGUUUUUGUUCCAGCCGAUCCAGCAGAGACAGUUGAACCAAUGAGGAUUCUGCUCAAACAAGCCACACCUGACUGCAAUCAACUGAUUGCACUUGUAAAAUACCAGAUUGGGGAAAAAGUGUCGUCAUCUUAUUUGGUAGGAAUGAAAUCCUGCACCCACAGUGGGCCUUUGUGGAAUAGGUUGGGGACCCCUGCUCUAAGCAACAUUACCCCGUGUGACCCUUUACUUCCAAUUUUCUAAAAUGGCGACAAUCAAUUUUUAAAAAAAGUUGACUGCGAUGGCCGACGCUUCAAGGAUAGGUGGAUAUUGGACUAUUUCUUCAAUAAAAUGCGCAACAACUGUGUCUGCCUCAUUUGCAAAGACACAGUCGCUGUUUUUGAGUUUGAUGUGACGCGAUAUUACCAAACAAGACAUGCUGAGAUGUACAUUACAGGGAAGAUACGCAGCGAGAAAUUAUAGCGACUUGAAGCUAGUUUAAUUUCACAGUAGCAGUAUUUCACAAGAGCCCGAGUGAAAUUAUGAAUAAAAAAAAAAUAAAGCAAAUGUGACACACAGAAGGGCUUGUUAAAAUU